AGUCAGACUGCUUACACGCCCAAUAGGAAUCGCGGGUUCUCGCUCUACUUUCUGGGAACGGUAGUCUUUCUGCGACCUCGAGCCACCAGGGUGAAGAGGCAUCCAGCCUGUCGCCAUUUUAGGUCUCCAGCUGCAGAGCCUGAGAGCCUCAACGCGCAGGCGGGCUCAUCCCUGGAUCCAGCCGGGCCCCGCCUCCAGGGUGCCUAAAGCCCGCCCCUUGCCCAGGCUCCGCCUUCCCCCACGUGUCUGCGGCUGAGGGGAGGCGCCUGAGCUGGAGCUGCCUCUCCACCUGUCUGGCCCGGUCCUCGUACAGGUUUCUGGCUGCGUCUCCCGGGAGCGGUCCCGGCUGCCGGAUGCUUCCGCCCCGGCUGCGGUGGGCCGGGCUGGACGCUUAGUGCCCGGCUCGAGCCCUGCCUGAGGCGCCCGCGGGGGUGGCAGCGGCCUCCGCCCCGCGGAGACCGAGCGGCUGGAGGACGAGGCGGCGGCCGUGGGGAGAAGGAUGGGGGCUAACCAGUUAGUGGUGCUCAACGUCUACGACAUGUACUGGAUGAAUGAAUACACCUCAUCUAUUGGAAUUGGAGUUUUUCAUUCUGGAAUUGAAGUAUAUGGCAGAGAGUUUGCUUAUGGUGGCCAUCCUUAUCCUUUUUCUGGAAUAUUUGAAAUUUCCCCAGGAAAUGCUUCUGAGCUAGGAGAAACAUUUAAAUUUAAAGAAGCUGUUGUUUUAGGGAGUACGGACUUUCUAGAAGAUGAUAUAGAGAAAAUUGUAGAAGAGCUGGGGAAAGAGUAUAAGGGCAACGCCUACCAUCUGAUGCACAAAAACUGCAAUCACUUUUCUUCAGCUUUAUCAGAGAUUCUUUGUGGGAAAGAGAUUCCUCGCUGGAUCAACCGGCUGGCCUACUUCAGCUCCUGUAUACCCUUUCUACAGAGUUGCCUGCCAAAGGAGUGGCUCACUCCUGCUGCACUUCAGUCUAGUGUCAGCCAAGAACUCCAGGAUGAACUGGAAGAAGCAGAGGAUGCAGCCGCAUCCAGCGCCAUGGCAAGUGCUGCAGCUGGUGCCAGAACUGGGCGUCACACUAAACUAUAAAACCUCUGAAGUCACGCCUUCAGAACUGUCUCUGGCAGUUGAGUAUCACUAGAGAAAAAAAAAAAAAUAGAGUUAAAUGUCCUUUGGAUAUUUUGUAUGCAAAGAUGGCUCUCCCCCAAAUCCCAGUUUUCAGCUCAGGAUUAUAUUUGUAAUCAAAAACAAAAAACAAAAAAGAAGAAAAAUAGCUUGGCGCAGGAGGGAGAACUUUGUAUGAAGCUGCCCUCUUUUCUUUUCUUUUUAACCCACUUGUAAAUUUGGAUUCACUUCCUCUGUUUUAUACGAGCUCUGUUAAAUUACGUUUACAGUAUUUUGUACCACUGUUUACAAAUCUUGCAUGGACUUCUGCCACCAUGAAAGAAGAAUAUCCUCAUCUUCAAAAAUCAGGCAGAUGAUCUUUGUACACUUCCUGACAGUUGCCAGAGCUACAGCAUAGGUAGUAGGCACAGGAAAGGCUUCCACAGCCGCAGUCCUCAUCGCUGCUUACAAGCUGUCCCGCAGAUCUGUAUUUGUUUUGUUACCAAUGUUGGCACCCAGAUACAGGAAUCCAAACUGGCCUGACAUGAAGGAGCACACACACAGCCAGAGGGCUUGGGUCCUGGUCAGUUCCUCUCCACACCCUUCUUCCCAUUCUGAGUAGCACAUUUCCCAAGGUGCCCGUGGAGCAGCUGGUCUCACCCCAGAUAUGCCCACCUCAGCAGGGUGGUACUCUUGUAUCUGCCUGGCUCGAUGCCUCUGAUUCUUUAAUGAAGAUGUUUUCAUGGAAGAUACUCUUAUAACUGAUGAGUGUUUUUGCACAUGUGUUAGGAGAGGGGCUUCAUUUUUAUUUUAAUACAUUCUAACUCCUCCCUGUACAGGAUAUUUUGGUGGGGUGGAAGUAUCCUAACCUAGCUUCCUGAGCAGCAGUACAAGCUGACACUAAACUGCUUUUUAACUAGUCAGGCUACCUUUUAUACUGGACAUUGAAACCUAGAAUCUAAAACACACCCCAAAGGUAAUUCUUUAAUAGUUUGUGUACACCGUAUCAGAAAUGGCUUAUUGGAGUUUCUUAGUUCAUGAUGGGAGUAGUCGCACCUCAUAAUAGAGAUUCUAUUUUCAUUGAUAUCUUGUUGAAAAAUCAUACUUUUGUGUGUCCUAAAUUCAUUUUUUUAUGUUCUCAAAUGUAUCUCUCUUACAUAACAUACUCUUGGGAAUGAGGUUGUGCUACAGAUAAGUCUUUAGUAAGGAAGUCAUCUGUUAGAGUCCAACCCCAGGUGACCCUUGGAUGUAGAACCAAUCAUUACAUGUCACAAUCAAUGUUCUGCCUUAAGAGUGAGUGUCCUGUGUAAGUAGUGGAUACAACAUAGGAACAUCCAAGGUACUGACUGCAGCUUUAGAUACGGGAUUAGUGUGAGAGUCACAUUCUCUGUGUGAGGAUACAUGUCUUUGAGUAAAUUUCAUCUUUAAUUUUUCCAUGAGCUGAUUUUGAUUGAUACUUUUUAACGUAAGCACACCCUCUUUAUAGGGAAAGUAAAGCUUGAGUUAUUGAACACUGGCCUGAGGAAAAUGAAGUCACUUUGUCCCGUUUGACUGUUCUGUUUCCAGAGAAGAAAGCUGCUGCAAGUUACUGUGCCCCGUGCCGGGUGAGGAGAGCAUUUGUUUCAGGAACCGUGCAGCAAGACAAGAGUAUGUGGUCUUUAUGAAGAGUUGACUUAGUUCAGGUCUGAAAAUGAGACUUAGGACAAAACACUAAUGCUCCCCAAGAGGUGUCACCACAAGAGCCCAAGCCCUCAGCCCAGCUUGGUAAGAAAGAGAUGCUUGGUACAGUUGACUUGGGUUUUUGUUGUUGUUGUUGUUUUAUUAAUAGUGUGGAUCAUGGUGUUUUCUAAUCCAUUGAGAUAUAAAUGUUUUGACCCAAGGGAGUGGCCCCUCAGACACUUCUGGGUAAAUAGCCAGGUACAUCUCUGUGCUUACCCACAUUUCAGCAGCUCAGCACACAAGUGACUUGCUGUUCUCACGCCUGACUGGGAUAGUUGACGUUUGAAGAAAUGUAAAAGUCUUGUAGGAAAUAAACAGCUCAUGUGCAGGUCACCUGAGAGUCAGGACACAGAUUCCUUGCACUUAGUGUACCUGAGGUUGAAAGGAAGAAAAUCUCUUUAGUGAGACCGAGCUUCUCCACAGUGCAGAUUAAGAAUGGAUUCAUUAGCUUUGCUUUUCUUGCCCUCAGAAGAUAACAGUGAGUUCUCAACAUGAACUCAUAAGAAAAACAAGUCAGAACUCCAGUCAUGAAUUUCCAUGAGUUUACAUAUUUUGUAGUUGUAACCAAGUGAAACUGUUUCUUCUGGUAGGUGUUUGAACCAUAAUAGCAGUAAUAGAUUAGAUAGUUGGUUUCUGGUGCUUGUUUUAAAUACGCUUGGGCUUUUUAAAUCCUUAUUGGUGGCAUUGGCUUUAGAAGUGUGACUUGUGGGGCUGUAGAAAGUGGUGAUUGUCCUAGAGCACCUCCAGGCCUGAACUCCGGCCAACUAUUGCUCUGCUUCACAGCAAUAGCAUACCUACCAUCACCAGCAUCUUACAGAGCAGGGAAUUCCAGGGUUAGUCCAUUGAUAGCCGUGUGUGUGUGUGUGUGUGUGUGUGUGUGUGUGUGUGUGUGUGUGUGUGUGUAGAUUAAGCACUGCAGACAGCUGCAGGACUCUGUUUCCAUGGCUUCUUCCAUCAUAAGUGAGAUAGAACCAUGUUCACUGCUUCACAGCUCUAACCCAUGUGUUGUCUUAUAGCUCCAUUAUAUAUUUACUGUAGCUUUGAUGUAUGCUAUGUUUUCUUUUUAAAUGACUAAUGUUAAAAGUUAGUUUUUCAGCAGUUAGCCAUCCUUUCAUUACAUCUUAUUCUUGCCAGUAUGGUUUGAGAGUGUAGCUUGAUUGUUAGACUUUCAUUGUCUGCUCAGUCUGUUCACACACAUCUCCACUGUCAACAAGUGGGACAGCUGUCAACGAAUCUUCAUGGAUCUGAAGAGAAUUUCUGUGAAGUUGAAUGCAAGUGUACUGUCAUUCACAGUGUUUAUAAAACACCAGGAACCUUCACUUUUGCUACCUUGAUAUAGCAUUGGACUAUCAUGUUACAACAUUGAAAUACAUCAAUUUAUUAAAAACUACUUUUAUAAGAAA